AUUUUAUUUAUUGAGAAAAAGACUGAAACAGGCGUCGGCCUGGGUUAUAAAAAUGGUUGGGGAAACUCACGAAUGGUCAAAGAUUUGUUUGGUAUUGUCAGCUUGCAAACGAUUAUUCAAGAUUUAAACCCAACCCACCACUCUUCUACUCCUUCUCUUCUUCUUAACUUUGUUUUCUCUCAACACACCAACCUUUAACCUUCUUUCUCUUUCGCUUUCUGCAAUUCUUAUUGCACCAGCUCUGUUCUCAUUUUUAUCUUCGUAAUGGCUACGGAUCCCACUUCAGCUACAAAUGGAGUAUCAGAAAAUAAUAAUUCACUGGUUGUUUGCUUUGGGGAAAUGUUAAUUGACUUUGUUCCAACGGUUGCUGGAGUUUCACUUGCUGAAGCACCUGCUUUCAAGAAAGCUCCGGGUGGUGCUCCUGCGAAUGUGGCCGUUGGCAUCGCAAGACUUGGUGGUUCAUCAGCUUUCAUAGGCAAGGUCGGUGAUGAUGAAUUCGGAUACAUGUUAGCUAAAAUUUUGAAAGAUAACAAUGUCAAUAACUCUGGUGUGCGAUUUGAUCCAACUGCAAGAACUGCAUUGGCAUUUGUUACUCUCAGAGCUGAUGGUGAGCGUGAGUUUUUAUUUUUCCGAAACCCAAGUGCUGACAUGCGUUUUCAUGAAGCAGAACUUGAUGUUACUCUAAUUAAACAGGCAGGGAUCUUUCACUAUGGUUCCAUUAGUUUGAUCGAGGAACCGUCCAGGUCAACUCAUCUUGCUGCCAUGGGCAUUGCCAAGAAAGCUGGUUGCUUCCUCUCAUAUGACCCAAAUUUGAGAUUGGCUUUGUGGCCCUCACCCGAGGCAGCUCGACAAGGCAUAAUGAGUAUAUGGAACCAGGCUGAUCUUAUUAAGAUAAGUGAGGAUGAAAUUACAUUUCUUACUGGUAUUGAUGAUCCUUAUUCUGAUGAAGUGGUGUUAAGGAAGCUUUUUCAUCCUAAUCUUAAGCUUUUGAUUGUAACUGAAGGGUCAGCGGGUUGCAGAUAUUACACAAAGGAGUUCAAGGGCCGGGUUCCUGGCGUUAAAGUUAAACCUGUUGACACAACUGGUGCUGGUGAUUCAUUUGUUAGUGGGAUACUGAACAGCAUAGCUUCCGACCAAAGUGUUUGUCAGGAUGAGAAGCGGCUGCGAGAAGCUCUACUUUUCGCAAAUGCUUGUGGUGGCCUCACAGUUACAGAAAGAGGAGCCAUUCCUGCAUUGCCCACAAAAGAUGCUGUGCUCCAGUUCUUAUCAAAUCAAAAGUAGAUAGCUGCUUGAUUAUAUAUAAUAAAGCAGAGAAGAGACUAGGCUAAGUCAUAAAACACAGGUACCAAACUAUUAUGUAAUCUGGGUGUCCUUGAUGAGCUAAAUCAAAUGGCAUAAGCAUAUUUUAACUAGGUAUUUGUAUAUUUUAAACCAUUUUCUUGAUGAGUUUUUUUCUCUUUUGUCUAAAUUCAGUCUUGGUAUUAUGUAGUUCGUUGGUGGAAACUCCACGCCAUCUUACAAAUAAAUAAAUAAAUACCUUUUCUCUAA